UUUUUUACUGUCUGCUAUGCAGCCUACCGUCUGUUUUUAAAAUCUCCAUUUUAGACAGCACUGACGCAUCAGUAGGCUUCAUGACUGGAACAAUGUGCCGGGGUUUGGUUAGCUUCUGACAGCUAGGCUCCAUCAACAGCAGGCAGUGUCAUUGUUUUUCCGGUACUGAGAAGACCUGGGAGAUGGAGGUCCAGAGCCCAGGAGAGAAGCAGGCAGACACUAAUAAGAUAGUAGCCACCACAUCAGCAGCCGUCGCCAUGGCAACAGUCAGCUCCAGCAGUACCACCUGUACCCAAUCACCCUCUACUUCCCUCAGCAUCAUUCCAUCAGAUAGACAGGCAGUCCAGGUGAUGCAACAUGCCAUCCACAGACCUCAGAGCAUGGCAGCCCAAUAUCUGCAUCAGAUGUACGCAGCCCAGCAGCAGCACCUCAUGCUGCAGACGGCAGCCCUGCAGCAGCACCAGCACCCCUCCCAUCUGCAAAGUCUGGCCACAAUACAGCAGUCCUCAGUUUGUCAGAGACAGUUGCCUUCUUCAUCCAGCGGCAGUUUGGUUCAGCCUGCUGGUGUUUCCCAAAACUCAAUCACUUUACCAGCAUCUCCAGUAACAGCACAGCUGAUUGGCCAAACUCAAGCAUCCACUGCUGCUGCAACCACUAUAUCCCAGCAGGCUAUUCUCCUGGGAAGCAGACCAGCCAACUGUAGCCAAGCUCAGAUGUACCUUCGAACUCAGAUGCUUAUUCUAACUCCUGCAGCCACGGUGGCUGCACUUCAGUCAGACCUUCCUGCUGUGACCUCCUGCUCCUCUUUACCUAUCUCCUCAAAGGUGCAGAACCUGGCUUUGCGUGCUCAUUUGCCUGGAGCUCUUACGACAACCCACAGUGUCAUCUUAAAGCCAUCCACUCAGUCCCAAGCUCUGUCUCCAGCUGCUUCUAUGUCCAAGACAGCACUCUGUGCACUGAAGGCCAACCAGCUGUCUGAUGCUUCAACAGAAACACAACCGCCUGAUGUCACCCAGAUGGCUUCAGGAGCCCAGAUCAUAACCCCAACUUACUCUCCAAUGCACACCCACACUGUAGUGAAGCAGCAGCUGUCCUGCCCCACAGGCCAGCGAGUGGCGCACCACCAGCUCAUCCUCCAGCAGGCCACAGGAGGGUUUUCCAGCCACAGACAGCUCCAACCUAUUGCCCUCAGAGUAGCACCCCAAGAUACCACCUCAAACCCUCUUCCUCUUUCUGUGAAAAGACUGACCACUCCCAGCUCCCAGGCACAAUCAUGUAAUGACCCCUCAGCCAUGUCUCCCUCUGUUCCUUCUUCCACUAGCCAGUUUGCAUCAACAGCUCGGACCUCAAUCCCAGCUGCUACAGUUCAGCCUCAGCCUCCUCCUCUGGUGGCUGCUCCGCAGCAUCGGACUUCGUUCCCACAUGUUCAGAACGAGCCUCCACCUCCUCCUCCACCUCUGGUUCUCCCCAGACUGUCACAGAAUCCAACAGCCUCUCUCCACAGACUGUCCCUGCACUCAGUCCAGGCUUUGGCUGUUCAGUCCGGACAGAUGCUGCUUACAGAGCAGGAGCUGCCUGUAGCGGAGGCUCUGGUCCAGAUGCCCUACCAGAACCUACCGCCUCCUCAGACAGUGGCUGUUGAUCUGAAAGUGCAUCCAGCCAGGCACAACGAAACUCCAAAGGUGGGGCAGACAUGCAAAGUGAAUGGACUAUGCUCAGAGGAGAGGAAAGAUUCUCUAAGUCCACAUAGCGACAGGACACCUCCACCUCAAACUGUGUCUCCUAAGAAGAACGGUGCAGGCCAAGAGAAACCCAACUCUCCAGAUUUGUUUGAACAACCGGAAACAUCAGUAGAUCUUUCAAAAUCAUGGCAGCCUUCACCCGACAGUUCAUUGACUCAGAUAUCGUCUGUGCAAGGUCAGACAUCAUCUGCAGUCCCUGACAGGGGCCGUUAUCGGAAAAAAAGUCAGAAGUCAAGCAGAGCUCCGAUCACCCCAGUAGUAUCUGGGAGGGCCUGUGAUAGACAGCGCAUUCCUGUGAUGACCCGUGCCCGGACCCCACAGGAUAAUCGAGGUCAGACCACCCCAGUGGUCCCUGGGAGGGCCAAUACGCAGGCUUGGAGCCCACAGGCUGUCUCAAGUCAGCUAGCACAAGUAACCAGACAAGUUAUUACCCACAGUUCAAGUGGUGAUCGAACUCGUAGGGGAGCAUCACAGCAAGAGACUCCUAGACCUCAGACUGGAUCCCCUGCCCGUGCUUCCCAAGUGAUGUGUUCAUCCUCCAUCGCCACCUGUCACUCAGUGAUCAGGUCACCACAGGUGGAGGAGCCCUCCCAGCUCACCACCAGCAGUAGCAACCCCUCUCUUCCAUCUCCUCCUCUACCUCCAUCCAUUCUCCCUGCUGCAGAAAGAGGCCCCAGCCAGCCUCCCUCUGCCCCCGCCAGCCUCCCUGGAAGCCCUGAUAGGACCCUGACAUCCCACGUCCUCACACACCUUGUAGAGGGCUUCGUCAUCCGGGAGAGCCUGGAGCCAUUCCCGGUGGGUCCGUCCUCACUGUUAGCAGACCAGCAAGCUUCACUUUCUGAAUCCCAGGAGAUACAGAUCAAUAGGGAUGCAGCAGAGGACAGUCCUCUGGAUGCUCACCAGUCAGAUUCAGACUCUGAGAUGGAAAAUGACAGCCCUGCAGCAGAUGUUGCAGAGCUCCAGGAGAGUCUGGCAGGUGUGCUGCAAUGCCAGUACUGUGGAAGCAGAGGUUAUGCUCACACAUUUGUACGCUCCAAACGUUUCUGCUCCAUGACGUGUGUCCGAAGGUUCAGUGUGAGCUGCACCAAGCAGAUCACGGUGCUGCGAGCAGGUCGCUGGGGUCACAGGCCGAUGGGCAGGAGAGGACGACCUCCCUGCAGAGUCAAUGGAGCCUCCAGAGAAUAUUUUCUGAGACAGGUUUGUGGGCUGUUUGGCUCAGAGGAGACCCAGCAGAGUUUACAGAGAGAGGAAGAGGAGCAGCAGCCCCAGGAGGAGGAAGAGCAGACUCCAGUUCCCAUGACUACCAGGCUGCGUAAGCAGGCUGAGAGACAGCGCGAAAGGGAGAGAGAGCAGACAAUGACGGAAACAAUCACUGUUUCUGAUGAAGAAGACGUCAGCUCUCCGUCUCAGUGGAACAUGGAGCAAGUAUUUUCAUAUGUCAGCACCCUGCCAGGUGGCUUGGAUGUAGCCGAGGAGUUUCGCUCCCAGGAAAUAGAUGGACAGGCUCUGAUGCUUCUCACUGAGGAUCACCUGGUCAGCACCAUGAACCUUAAACUGGGACCUGCGCUCAAACUCUGUGCCCAUAUUAACUCUCUGAAAGAUGCAUAAACAAGUAACAUUCCUGCUGUCUGAGAAUGUGUCUGUGUUAUCUGGACCAGGACAGAGGAAAAACAAGGAGACAACACGGAGCACCACUCACCUUUAAGCUCUUUAUUUUGUAUGUUGCAAAGACAGUUCAGUCACACAGAACUGAAAUCAUGAACUACAGCUCUCCUGAGACCACUGCCAAGAUUUUCUGUAAGUGCUAGUGUCCCAUACACACCAGAGUUGAUUUCAACACAAAGAUGAGCAGUUCUUUCUCUCAACCUGUCUUUAUUUAAUUGCAGUGAUUAUAGCAGUGGGCUGCAGUUAUCCAUUUGUUUCAAAAUGUUUUUAAAAAUACUUUGUAUCACUUAUACGCAAAGAGAAAAACUGACCAGUUUACACUAUCACACAUAUAUGGUUGCUGUACACUGUCAAAGUUUACAAAGAUGACAGAUUAUUGCUCAUCUUGGAGAUGGAAUUUUAUACAUUUAUCAUCAGAAAACGGUCAUAAUGAACUAUGAAUGAUUUCAAGGUUAUUUAUUAUUAAUUAUUGUCACAAUUAAUAUACAAAUAAACCCAUUAAAAAAAACAA